AUGGAUACAGCGCAUCCAUUGAGCAGCCCUAUGGUUGUAAGAUCCCUUGAUGUAGAGAAGGAUCCUUUUCGACCUCGGAAUAAUGAUGAGGAAUUUCUUGGUCCUGAAGUACCAUACCUUAGUGCAAUUGGAGCAUUACUGUACCUUGCAAGUCAUACACGACCCGACAUAUCAUUUUCAGUUAAUUUAUUGGCAAGAUUUAGUUCAUGUCCAACCCGAAGGCAUUGGAAUGGGAUUAAACAUAUACUUCGUUACCUCCAAGGUAUGAAGGAUAUGGGUUUAUUUUUCCCUAAAUUGUCCAAAGAAAAUUUGGUUGGUUUUGCAGAUGCAGGUUAUUUGUCUGAUCCACAUAAUGCUCGAUCACAAACUGGAUAUGUGUUCACAUACGGUGGUACUGCCAUUUCUUGGCGUUCCAUGAAACAAACCAUUGCAGCUAAUUAG